AUGAAUAACAAAAUGGCUGCCGAGACAAUCAUUGCCAUCUCUGAGCUGCAUCCCAAUUUUUCUCAUCCGAAAGUGGCCGGCAUCAUCAUUGGGAAAACUGAUGUAAAAAGCUUCCCUGACAGAAAAAAUAUUGGCACAGACAGAUUCACUUUUGGCUUCACCAUUAGGGACUCACCUGACUUCUUCAUUAAUGUGACAUCCUGGGGAAAUGGUGGCUACAUCAACGGGCUCUCCAACAGCUUCAGCAUUGGAGACUGUGUCACCAUUGAAAAUUCUUUGGUUGCCAACAAAGACCUAGAGAAAGGCGACCGAUUCUGUCCUACAACACCAAGCCACUACAGGCUGCUGGUGACAGAGGCUCAUUCCCAGGUGAGUCUGUGUGCUGACACGGACACCGUCGACAGGUUGCUGCCAAUGAUUCACCUGCCAGUGAAGGACUCAACAGAUUUCUACUCACUGGGGGACAUAGAGGCCAAUGGCCAGCGCCUGGACGGCACAGUGAUAAAUAUACUGGCUGCAGUGAAAUCGAUCGGAGAGCCAAAGCAGUUCACCACUUCAGACGGUCGCAAAGGGCAGAGACUGGAAGUGAAGCUCUUUGAUGAAUCUGUCUCUUCCUUCCCCCUCGUCUGCUGGGACAGAGAAGUCAUUCAGCUUGUGCAAACUUGGAUACCCAAGGAGACGGUUCUCUUCAUAGCUGAUGCAAAGAUUGGCUUUGACAGCUUUCGCAGUUGCAUGGCAGCAACCGUUAACUCGAAAACCAUUAUCACUGUCAACCCUGACACCAGGGAGGCCAGCCUGCUGUUCAGCUAUGCUAAACAAGUGUCUGAGUCUGGAGCUCUGGAUCAAGAUGAGAAGCCAGAGGAUGUACCUGUGGAUUCCAUCAACGAUGUGUACACGGUGAGCCAGCUGAAGCAGAAGGCCUGGGAGAAUCCUGAGGCUUUCUUUGGCAUCACAUACAGCUUCAUCUCCAGACUUGACCUCGAUUCCUCUGUUUCAAAAGUCAUCAGGACACAGUGCUCCAGGUGUAAGUUACAGGUGAGUGAGGACGCGCAGAGCUGCGUCAACCAGCUGUGUCCAGGGAGGGAUCAGGCCUUGUCAACCACCACAGGCUUCUGCCUGCUGGUGGACUUCACCGACCACACCGGCACCCUGCAUGCCUGCACCCUCAGAAGUCCAGUGGCAGAGAAGACACUUGGCUGCACAACAGACGAGUUCACCAGUUUGACUGAUGACGAGCGAACAGCGAUGAAGUGGAAAUUUCUUUUGGAGAGAUGCAAAAUAUACGUGAAGAUCCUCCCUUCCACUAAGAUGAGGAGUGGGAUCAGGGGGGUGGUCAUGGCCUGCUCCCUGGCUGACCCAGGGGAGGUGAAACAGCACAUGUCUGCCCUGUUGUAG